AGUCGACAAAGAAGUUAUGCUGACCCUAAGCGUAAAGAUGUAGAAUUUAUGAUUGGUGAUCAUGUAUUUCUGAGAGUUUCCCCUAUGAAAGGAAUCAUGAGGUUUGGGAAGAAGGGGAAGCUUAGCCCUCGUUUUGUUGGUCCAUUUGAAAUUUUGGAGAGAAUUGGAGCAGUUGCUUACCGUUUAGCCCUUCCACCUGGUUUUGCACAUGUACAUCUAGUUUUCCAUAUUUCUAUGCUUAGAAAGUAUGUACCAGAUCCAUCUCAUGUUUUACAACCUCAAACCAUACAAUUUAGGGAUGAUAUGUCAUAUGAGGAGCAACCAGUAAAGAUUUUAGAUCGACAAAUUAGGAAACUCUGGUCUAAGGAAGUGGCUUUGGUCAAAGUCUUGUGGCAUAAUCACUCAAGUAGUGAGGCCACAUGGGAGGCAGAAUCUGAAAUGCGAGCCAAAUAUCCUCAUUUAUUUGAUUCUUCAGGUUAGAAUUUUUGUCUAUCCAAAUUCGGGGACCGAAUUUUUUUUAAGGGGGGAAGUAUGUGAAAACCCAUAUACAAUUAUUAUUUAUUAUUAUUUUAUUUUAAUUAGCUAACAAUAAUUUAAUAUAUUUAUAAAAAAUAUAUAUUUUUAUUAAAUGAUAUGCUUAUUUAUUUUUAGAUAUAUAUAUAUAUUAUUUUUGAAAUUAAAUAUAUAUCUGCAAUCUAAACAACCCAGUUCAAUAAUAACUCUUAUCCCAGUCUACACCUAAUAGAACUCUUAAAAUAUAUAUAUAUACCCUAAUUAUCUCUUUUGCUAAACUUUGCUCUCAAAACCUGAUUGUCACCUCUAUCAAAUACUCUCAACAGAGAAUCCCUAAAUUUUUCCUUCUCUAUUCAUCACAUUCGAUUCUGUUUUCAAGGUAAAAAUUCUCAUUCUUUAUUCAAUAAUGGGUGAAUUUAAUUUUAUU